UACUAGGGAUAGAGCUUUAACUUCCCAUUUUGAAUGGGAUUUAGAAGAAGAACGUAAGGCAUUGAAAGAAGAUCAAAAAACAUGUCGGAGUAGGGCACAGAAAUAUUCGAUAGAGACAAACAGAAGAAGAAGAGCCUUUGAAGAAAGAAGGAAGCAAAAGGAAGAAAAAGAACAAAGAUUUAGAGAACAAGUUCUGCAGCAGAGGAAAAUUAAACUUCAGGAAGCAACUGAUAAGUUCCAACGUGCUCACCUGCCUCUUUCUCAGCAUAAGCAAAUAGUCCAGACAAAAUCAGCUUUUCAGUUAGAAGAAGCUCUUGAACAAAUUAAAGGAUCAGUUUUAACACCAGGACUGUGCUUCCCCAGCAGAAACAAAACCAACUCCAGAACCACAGAUGACGCUUCAUCCUCAUCAGCACCUAGAAGCGAUUCUUUCCGUCAGAAGCAGAUGUCAGCAAUGGUUGGCUGGGAUAAAACAAUACAAGAGAGCAGUAGAACAAACGUGGAUAGUAACAAACUUCUCUUCCAGAAAAAGCUGAAAGACAUACAACAUCUCCUUGAAAAACAGCAUCUCAGCAACUUGGAG